AUGCAGAAGCGAGCUGAACGCGAAGCAGAAGCAGAAAAGCAAAAGUUGACAAAACAGAGAGGUUUUGGUGAUUUCCAAAAACAAAUGACUGCUACCAAAAAUGACAUGAGCGUAUCAUCAGCGGAAGCAGAUCAGAGAGAGUACCAAUUGAAGCGUCAGUACUACACCAGCUCUGCUAGGUGGUUAUACCAUGACAAGGAUGAUGAUGUUUUUGGUGAUGAUGAAAAAGACAAUUUGUCAAAGAUGUUUGCCACUACAACUUUUGUUUUGAAUUCAUAA